AUGAGAGGACGAAGGGAUGAUUGUCGGCGCGACGACCAAAAAUUCGAAGACCAAGUCUUUACGAAUCUCAACAUCAACCACACUCGCAUCCUAAGGGAGAUUAAAGAUCGAGAGAACUUAAAGUGUCCUUGGUCCAAAUGGAAGCAGCCACCACGAUCCGAUAAAUCUAGAGACUACUGUGAGUACCACUGCUUCAACGGGCAUCAGACUGAGAAAUGCAAGAACCUCAAGAUAACGAUUCAAAAGCUAAUUGACGUUGGUGACCUCAAGAAAUACUUACAGAAGACCGACACCGAAAAGAGGUCUAAGCGAAGCAAAGUCCAUCUACCCGAGGGUAAUCGAAUGCUCAACACUAUCUCAUGCUCUGAAGCCACUGAACCAUCACUAACUUCCCAUAUUGGCAAAAGCUUAAGGAAGCAAUUUGAAGAUUAUUGUGAGUUGUACAAAAUCGAUGGAGUAGAAGUGGAGGAACACGAACAAGGGAUGAAUGCCCCAUUAAAUUUCGAUGCUGAGGAUGUAGAGGAUGACAUGGAGGAUCACAAAAACCCCUUGGUUCUCACAUUAUCCAUCGCAGGGUGCAACACCACGAAGGUCCUCAUCGAUGGAGGGAGCUCGGUCAAUUUACUGUUUUAUGACACGUGCAAACGAAUGGAGUUGAAUGACGAGCAGUUGAUGUCCUCGUACUACACCUUAUACGGAUUCAAUGGGGCCCCAACGAAACCUUUGGGAGACAUUGUGUUACAAGUAAACGCAAGACCCAUGAAGGCUGAUACACGAUUCAGCGUAGUGGAUGCUCCUUCUCCUUACAAUGCCAUCAUCGGCCGAAGAUGGGUACACAAUCUCAAAGGAGUAGCGGCGACCUAUCAUCAGUACCUUAGAUUUCCAACACCCGAAGGGGUAAUGAAAAUAAAGGGAGAUCAGGUAACCGCUCGAGAAUGUCAGGCUGUACGAAAUCAGCUCAAUAACGAGCAAGAUGAGCAGCGUAAAUCCCAAAGAAACCGAAACAAAGAAGUUUCCAAGGAGAAAGCAAUUGACAUUUAUGUCGAAGAGAUCUCCGGAAGAAGUCUGACGAAGGAAAAGUAUAAGAGCAGUCCAACAUAG